GUGUUCUGUCUCUUUGCUCUGUCCCUCUCUCUAAUCUGAAAAAUGGUGCUAAUCGCCAUAGCAGUAAUAUUUCUUUGCUUACAGAACAAUAAUGUCUUAGCAGAUAUUGGCACUGCUACUUCUUAUAAUGCUCCUUAUAUGCCUACAAGGUGUUAUGGGAACAGAGAAGAUCAGUUUCCAGCAGGGAACUUGUUUAUUGCAGUGAGUGAAGGAUUAUGGGAUAAUGGAGCUGCCUGUGGAAGGCGUUACAGGUUAAGAUGCUUAAGUGGAAAUAAUAAACCCUGUAAAGAUGGUAUUGUGGAUGUUAAAGUAGUAGAUUAUUGCCCUAAAUCUCCAUGUCCUUCUACAAUUCUUCUCUCUAAUGAUGCCUUCUCUGCUGUUUCUCGUUCUUCUACUGCCAAAAUCAACGUUGAAUAUAUCCAGAUAUGACAAUAACUGGAGAUGGAAGAAUUGAAGUAAUUGAAGUCAGUUGUACGUACAAGAGAUGUUCGAUACAAGAAUUUAUGUCUCGAGCAAUAAAUUAAUUAAUAUGUCUUUUUAAA